AUGACUAAUUUCAAACGAACCAAGAGAAGUAAUACAUUUGAUUGUAAUAAAGACGGUUUUUCUGGAAAUGUUGUAUUAUCGAGUUCAGUAGUUCACGAUGAAUUAAUGGCGACAGAUUUGAGGGUUGAUGCUCCAGAAAUGGCUAGCUCCCCCCUGAUAAACUCUGAAAACGUGGUGUUAGCCAGCUCCUCUAAUGGGGUUGAAGCUCCAGAAAUGGCUAGCUCCCCCUUGAUAAGCACUGAAAACGUGUUGUUGGUUAGCUCCUCUUGUUUGAUGGAUGCUCCAAGUAGCGAUGAUUCGGCGGAAUCUGUAAAUGUUUCACCCAAUCGCGAAGAAAAUCUAUUUCUCAUUGAUGAUUCAGCGAAAUCACAGUCAAAUGAUGAAAAGAUGAUUUCAUUUAGCGAUUACGCCAAAUUGUCCAGACAAAUGGAGAAACUGAAAAAAGAGAAUAGAAAACUCCGUCGAUUGAUUCCUCGAGAAACACCUUCUUCUUCUCGAUUAGAAGGAGCUGUAGAGAUUGCUGUGAGAGCGUUCGAUAAACUCAAAUUGAAAGAAUUUUCUAAUUUGAAGAAUUGUGAAUCUCGCAACGCGAGAUUGAAGGCACUGGUGAAAAUUAGCCAAUUGAUAGCUGGGGAAACAAAUUUGAAUAGUUUCUAUGUGUCGUUUGCACGUUUCAGCAGAUCCAACAACUUCCCAUGGUCGCAAUCAAUCACAGCGGAAGAAAGUCUACACCUUAAAACGUACUUAAACAUGAGUGAUAGAAGUUAUGGACGGCUGAAACGUGCAAUGAAAACAUAUACAAGUUUUGACACACUUGCGCCUCUGGCAAAAGUGAGGAAAGCUGGUGAUGAUAUGGGAGUUGUGAAUGAAUAUGAAAUAGAAAGAAAAGAGAAUAACACCGCCGAAAUAACUAUCAAAAAUGUUCAGAUGUCACUAAACAAGCGUUGUCAGAAUCUGUUUAAUGCCGGUGUUCUAGACAAUACAAAUACACCUAUCAACCUCACUAUUAUGGGUGAUAAGGGUGGAAAAUCUACUAAAGUAGUGAUUGCAAUAGGAGAAGGGAAAAACACCAAUUCACCAGACAAUUUAUUAAUUUUGAAAAUGUAUUAUGGAGACGAUAAAUAUGCAGAGUUGAGGGAGAAACUUGAAGAUGUUGGAGAGCAGUUGAGUCGCCUGAAAACAAUCUCAUAUACUGACAAUAACGGAACAGUCAUAGAAAAAGAGAUAGUAUUUUUCUUAACGGGAGACGUGAUGUUUUUGUGUGCUUGUUUUGGACACACUGGCCCUUCCUCUACCUAUCCUUGUGUGAUCUGUUAUUAUUCGAAGAGUAGCUGUAAUGGAUUAUUGAAAAUGGGAGAAUGGGAUAUUAAUGAUGUUUGUAACAUGAGGAAUUAUGAGUUAGAUUCUCAAAAUGGUAGUUUCAAUGUGAAACAAGGUUGGAAACCUAUUUUUCCAUUUAUAAAACCUCAAUAUAUCAUCCCACCAUUACUUCAUAUUAUAAUGGGGAUAUCUGAUAAGUUCAUAUACAGAAAUCUUGUAAAAAUGGCAAGUAUUGCCGACAGUUUCACGCCAGAAGAAGUGGACGUUCUUAUGAAAUCAAUGAAACGAACUUCUGCUAUAAACAGUUUGAACGACAAAGUGAAUUUAGAACAAGAAUGGCUUGACUCCUAUGCCAGGGAUAUAAGAAAUGUUGAAACUAUUCGAAAUACAUGGAAUUCUAUUUACACUUCUAAGGUUUUCCGUACCAGCACUGACAAGUGUGAUGCAAAUUUCUGCAUUUUCAAGGAAUUGGUUUCUAACGGCUACAACAAUGUUCCGUAUAUGUGUAAAUGUAGCAGCUGUGGAUUAGAGCUUCAUGCCGAAUGCUGCGGUAUAAUUAAAGAUUCUCAAAAAGCCAUGAUAUCAGCUAAUUCUCAUUCAGUUGUAUGCUAUAAGUGCAAUGGAUUUACAAAAGUCUCUCAUAUACGAAAAAUCGUGGAAUCUCACUAUUCAGAACUUUCUAUUCUACAUCAAAAGCAGUUGGCCUAUGUCGAAAAGUUGAAGUCCAGUUUGGAAUCUGUAUCUUCCAAUCUACCUCCUUCCGGACCGUGUGCUACUGCAUUUGAAGACGUUCUUUACAAAGAUCUGAAGCUAAUUAGAAAGUCCUACCAUGGUGGUUGUUUCAAUGGAAACGAUACCUACAAAAUGUAUCGCCCGGAAAAUAUCGACAAGAUCCUCAAAGUUUUCGAAAACACCCCUAAUCUUCAGUUUUCCGAAUACAAAAAAGAGAUUGAAUCUUUGAGAAAAAUGAUGAAACAUCUCGGUUCUAUUAUGUCAUAUUCGUCUACUCAAAAUUUAACAUCUGCUCAGCAAUUGGACUUAUCGAUCACAUUGCAAAGCUUUCUUAUUGAAUUAAGAACUGCGUAUCCUGACAUGACGGUCACUCCUAAAUUACAUAUUCUUGCCUCUCACGUUAUUCCAUUCAUAGAAAAGUUCGGCGUGUGGGGUAAAACUUCUGAGCAGUCUAUCGAACACUUCCACCGCUUACUUGCUAGACUAGAAAGACAAUUUGAGCAGGUACCUGACAUCAUAACCAGAUACAAGUGUAUCUUACUUUCACAUAGUCUUGAGAACCUCCGCCAUGACACACUUUUUAAGUCAUGA